UUCCUCAUUAUUAUUUUGGGAAUUGGAGGAACCUUUCAAAUUGGCUACCACAGUACUGGAUUGAGCUCUCCCUCACCGUACAUCCGGCGCUUCAUCAACAGCAGCUGGUACGACAGAUAUGAAGAGACCCCAUCUCCUCAGACGAUCACAAUGAUUUGGUCCCUUAUUGUUUCCAUGUAUGCUGCCGGGGGACUCUUUGGUGCUGUCAGUGUCAAAUUGGUCUCCGGCAUGCUGGGAAGAAAAAAGGUGAUGAUCUGCAACAGCUUUAUUGCCAUUGUUGCAGCAGCGAUCAUGCUGACAAGUAAAGGUGCCAAAUCAUAUGAAAUGAUUAUCGUGGCAAGGAUGCUGUAUGGCUACACGUCAGGUUUGGGAGGCAGCAUCCAUUUAAUGUACCUGGGAGAGAUUUCACCCAGAAAGAUAAGAGGGACUGUGACUCUGACCUCAGCAACCUUUGUGUCACUUGGUAAACUGUUUGGACAGAUUUUUGGACUGAGUGAGAUACUUGGUCGUGAAGAGCUGUGGAACAUCGUACUCUGUGUCCCUGCAUUUUUUUCAGUGGUUCAGAUUAUAGUGUUGCCUUUUCUCCCUGAGGCUCCCAGAUACUUAUUCAUAGAGAAAGGUGAUGAUAAGGCUUGCAAAAAAGCUCUCCAGAGUCUUUGGGGCCAAGGUGACUACAAACAGGAGAUGGACGAGAUGUUGGCUGAGCAGGCGGCCAUUGAGGCAGCCCCACCAAAAAGUCCUCUGCAGCUGCUGAGGGACAGGACUGUCCGAUGGCAGCUUCUCACCAUGUCCAUCAUCUACUGCUGCAACCAGCUGUCGGGCAUAACUGCAAUCAGUAUCUUCUCUUUUGACAUCUUCCUGGAGGCAGGUGUACCGAGAGACAAGAUUCGCUAUGUUACUCUUGGUAUUGGAAUAUCUGAAAUGAUCACCUACAUCUUCUGUGGGCUGCUGAUUGAGCACACAGGGAGGAGGCCGUUGAUCUGGGGGGGUUAUGGUUUCAUGUCUGCUUGCUGGGUGUUGGUCACUAUCACGCUCAACCUAAAGGAUUCCAGCUACUGGGUUCCAUACAUUUCAGCUAGUUUGAUCAUCCUCUCCACCAUCUUCUUUAGCGGAGGACCUGGGGGAGCCACACAUACUGUCUACAGCGAGAUCUUCAUCCAGUCCAAUCGACUGGCAGCGUUUGUCCUCAUUGGGACCCAGCGCUGGUUGUUUUACGCUGUGGUGGGCCUGGUCUUUCCAUUCCUUAUUAAUGCCUCAUACUGCUUUGUGCUGUUCGCCUGUAUGUGCCUGCUGGCUAGUCUUUACACCUUCUUCAUCCUGCCUGAGACUAAAGGGAAAACCCUGCUGGAGAUCUCAGAGGAAUUUAAAGCCAUCACUGUCUGUGGGAAAUCCUUCUUAGAGGAAAAGAGAGUGGAGACCAAGUUAUGA